UGUGAGAGAAAAACCUGACGUGUCGCUGAUAAGAGGUGUCUCUCUGCAUGUGCCACGUUGUCAAACAGAGAGCACAGUUGUUGAAUCAAACCCAACAUUGAUUCCUUUUUGAGGAGAAACAGCAGCAGCAGACAUCCCAUCGGACCUGAGCCAUGUCUGGACUGAACGCAUCUCUCGGAUACUUUGUGGCUUUGGUGAUUUUUGCAGCCUCAGUUCGAGCACUUCUUAAAAAAUGGUCACAGUUAAGCUUCGUUCUGGAGUUUGCCUCCUCUUUCAUGCUGGUGGGCUGUUGGCUGGAGGUGCAGACCAUAGUAGAGGUGGGUCAGUGGGCUGGGGGCUUGGGUCCUGAUGUGACUGUGACCAUGCUGUUUGUGGUGCUGCUGACCCACGGUGUGGUCUGUGGUGGAGCAUCAGGGAAUCCUAACCUGGUUGUGCGGAAGUUCCUGCAGCUGGAGGCCUCCAUUCUUCCCACUCUGCUGUCGGUCGCGUCCCAGUUCCUCGGGGCCCAUUUAGCCAUCCUUAUUGCUGCGCACUACUGGAGCCUGGAGCUAACUGACAUGCACAUGAUCAAAAACCUGAUGGCUUCAUCGUGCAGCACGUCCCUGCUGGUCUCUUUGCUUCAGGGUUUUUUUACAGAAUGUGUUUGUGCUUGUAUCUUUCACCUGGUCCAUCUAAACCUGCAACGCAGAUCUGCCUUGAUCCGGGUCCCUCUGAUUGCUGUCCUCCUCACAUUCCUGUCCCAUACAGCCAGCGGCUUCACCUCAGCUUAUAUAAAUCCAUCUUUGUCUUACGGCCUCACCUUCCACUGCCCUGGAUUUACCCUCACAGAGUACAUGGUGGUCUACUGGCUGGGCCCGCUCACAGGCAUGAUCCUGGGUCUGCUCUUGUACAUGGGACAUAUUCCAAGGAUUUUUGCCAAGAACCUUUUCUACUUCCAGAAGACUCGUUUCAGAGUGCCCAAAGGAGACAAAGGAGAGAAGAAGAAAAUUUAAAAGAAACUACAAUCAGCCCUUUAGGAAAAUAGUUAGCAGAUCGAUAAUAGUCAAGAUAUUUUUACCUCAACCUAACAAGCAUCUACAGACAGUAUCAAAUUAUAGUGAUAAAUACUAAUAAUAAUACCUCAAAUUUACAUACUUUCACUAUUUUUGUCUGCUAUUUUCAAUGAAAUCAAGACCAUUUGGUGGCAUCAAUAAGAAUGACACCAUAACAGGCAGUUACACAAGCCACAGAUGGUACAGAGGCCAAACAUGUUCUAAAUCAACCGAAUGAAAUUAAUGUAUAACAGAAGUGAAGAGUUGAUAUUUCGAAAUAUAUACGGCAACUUCGUCUGAUUCUGCAUGUUCAACACAGCAGCACACACUUUAUAAAAAAGAAAUAUCAGACAUCAAGAUAUCGAGGUCAGAAGAGAGUAACUGCUGUUAUGUGCCGUCUUUACUCUGGGUGGCGCUGGAUUUAGAGGACUUUGACCCAUCAGCUUUUUUGUCUUUUUUUGUCUGAUGUUGAGCAGAAUGGCCUGAAUCUGUGGACAAAGAGGGAAUAAAAGAAAAUAUUCAGUACCAAGUGCAAAACAUUUGAAAAAGUAUUAAUUCCCUGAGUGGAAGUUUAAAAAUAUGCGUUUGUGGCUUCAUUCUAAUUUCAAAUUAUUGUGUAGCCAAUUUACAUAUUGAUAGUGAUGUAAUGAUAGUGUGUAGUGUUCAUUUGAAAUUCAUCACCUGGUGGUUUUUGUUGAUCCAUCUGAGCCUUGGGGUUAUCUACCCAUAAACAAUAAUCUGGAUUAUUCAGCAGCUUCUUGCUCUGCCCACAGCUGAGACACGUCACCACGGUGAAGCGAGUCUUGCGUUUUUUCCCUUAGAAGACAAAAGUAAAAAAUAGAUUAGCGAAUCAUAAUAAGAUAUUUAUUUCUAUAAACUAGCUAAAUAAACCCCUAAGAUCUGUCAUUACACUUGGUAUGCAAUAUAAAGUAACAUGGGAAAUGUAAACUACAGUAAUGACACUGUGCCUCUCAAUGAACUUACUUUGUUGUCUUGUUGUAGCAGUCACACCAGGGAUAAGUAAAGAGAAGCACUUCUUACAUAUUGUCCUCUUCACUGAUGGAUCUCUGCAAUAAAAAUGAAACAUUAACUGAUGUGGAAAACCCCAUUUCUGGCUGGAGAGAUGUAACUUGAUUAAAGAAUAAAGCUGGCAGUAUUUUG